AUGAGGCUGUCACUGCCACUGUUGCUGCUACUGCUGUUGCUGGGGGCCAUCCCAGGGGACUUUGGGGACAGGGCUCCACUCACAGCCACUGCCCCACAGCUGGAUGAUGAGGAGAAGUACUCAGCUCAUAUGCCAAUUCAUCUGCGCUGUGAUGCCUGUAGGGCUGUGGCCUACCAGAUGUGGCAACAUCUGGCAGAGGCCGAGGCCAAGCUUCAUACUCCAGAAUCUGGGGGGCGGCGAGAGCUGAGUGAGUCUGUAUAUACAGAUGUCCUGGACCGCAGCUGCUCCCAGAGCUGGCAGGGCUACGGGGUCCAAGAAGUGAACCAAGCAAAACGCCUCACAGGCCCAGGGCUCAGCAAGGGGCCAGAGCCAAGCAUCAGUGUGAUGGUCACGGGAGGCCCCUGGCCCAUAAGGCUCUCCAAGACAUGUCUGCACUACCUGGGCGAGUUCGGAGAAGACCAGAUCUAUGAAGCUCACCAACAAGGCCGAGGGGCUUUGGAGUCGUUGCUGUGUGGGGACCCCCAGGGGGCCUGCUCGGAGGAGGCGUCAGUUACAAGGGAAGAGCUCUAG